AUGAAUUUCUCAGCGAGUAACGACUACUGCGGGGAUGGCAGAUUCGUCCAUUAUUCCGUCAUCAUACAACACAUUGACAAACUGGAGUUGAGGCCAGAAGACACGGUACUGGACGUGGGAUGCGGUACUGGGGAAGAAACCAAGUCAAUGGCGGAGAAAGUCAAGAGUGUAACGGACUACGCGAGGGUGUACUUUGAUGGUAAGGGAGACACAUCUAAGUUGUCUGUUGCAGCUAAUAGCGAUUGCCAGAGUUUACUAAAGGCAGGUUACAGCGUGAGCGGUAUCUAUACGAUAUUCCCCGCGGGAUUUGCAGAUGGUUUGAGGGUGUACUGCGACAUGGAGACCGACGGUGGAGGCUGGCUUGUCAUUCAGAGGCGUCAGGAUGGCAGUGUCGACUUCUACCGCGGAUGGGUUGACUACCGCGUGGGCUUUGGGGACUUGGCUGGUGAGUUUUGGCUCGGCAACGACAACUUGCGCACCUUGAGUGAUUCUUCUGGAUCUUGGGAUCUUCGAAUCGAUUCGGAGGACUGGGAUGGCAACACAACCUGGGCCGAGUACGGAAAUUUCCGGAUCAUCUCUGGACAAGAUUACCGUCUGAGUUUUGAUUCGUACAAUGCUAACAGCACGGCCAGAGACUCAUUGGCUAACCACAAUCACCAGCCGUUUUCAACAAAGGACAAGGACAAUGACUCUCAUAAUAAUCUUAACUGCGCAGAGGAUGAGAAAGGAGCUUGGUGGUACAUGUGGUGUUCUGAUUCAAACCUGAACGGUAUUUAUUUUUAUGCGCCUUCACAUAUACAUUUUCAAGGCAUCAUUUGGAGUUCUUGGAAAGGAUAUUCCUACUCGCUGAAAAAAUGUGGCAUGAAAAUUCAACGUAGUAUGGACUAUUUACAGGCUGCUUAA